AUUGAAAAACAUGGCGGAUGACAUGUUUGGUUCGCGUUUUUAAAAAUGACAUAUUGGUAAUUUUAAAAUCCAUGUGUAGAAACAUGAUUGUCGUGGAUACACGUUCAUAAGAUGGCAGAAAUUUCAAUCACUACAAGGGCGUUUUAUGGGAGCAAUUCAAAGAGGUUUGUUCACGGAACGGCUUUUCAUGUCAUCAGCUGUAGACUAUGUAGCUGAUAAAGAUAAUUUUCAUAGUUAUUUAAAUUUUCUGGCUGUAGAUUGAAUAAAGCUUGGCAGCAAAAGAUGAAUAAACUGGAAAAGUGCGCCAGGGAAUAUGAAGAUAACCCAAUUUUACUCAAACGUCAAAGGUACACAGUUUUAUACUGUAUUUAACAUUAGCCAUUAAUUGUCAUUAAAUUUUCCAGUUUACCACGUGAAGGCAAAAGUGAGUUAUCUAAAGAAAAUUUUUAAGUUAGCCAAAUAUGUUUCUUAUGAUAACAAAACCUAGCAUGCCUCUGAUCUCGUUAAAAUGCUGGGGAAGGCUCCUAUAUUUUCCUUCCUGAAAAGUGCUGUUACCGGUAAUACUCUUCGCUUCAAAAUACAACACAACUCUGGGAUGAGGUCACUUGUAGGUAGAACCAAUGUUGCAUGCAUUGCGAUCUAAACUUUUUAAAUCAUACAAUGACUGUUGGAAUAAAGCCCUUCCCUUAGUUUUACAGCUGCUGAAUGUCUGGAAUAUAAUUCUGUGAUUCCAGUGCCCUGUCACUUCCCCUACUCUGCAUUUUAAGCUUUGCUCCAGUUACUACUCAGUCUUGAGUCGUGUCCCAAACGAUGUUGAUAUUUUUAGGAUAAACGACCCUCCACCUAUCUUUAAAACAUUCCCAAGACAACAAAUGGCCUUUGAUUACCUCAAGACUUGUCAAGAGGUAGGUGAGCUACAGUUCAAAAUUUCUAAUUACUUUAUUCUCAUUUCUGGAAGCAAACAUCAAGUUUUUUUUUUCGUCAUGUCAAGAUUAUUUACUCUUUCUCAAAGCUUCUUUUCAACUACAUUGUAAUUUACUGUAACUAGCAUGCAUAGGCCUAAUAUCACUCUGAAAGGCAAUUUUGAUUAAUCCUCAAAGAAAAAAAAUGCCUACACUUUUGGGGAUCUCAGUGGUUGAUAAAACAUCAGCUCAUAAAGAACAAGAAUUCUCCUUAGACAAAUUUGUCAUAGCUGUUGUUGAUGUACACCAAGGGCAGGCAACAGCUAGCAAUGUGUUCUUAAAUAUUUCAUAUUAAAUAGAGUUACUUCAACUAUAUUUUUAUUUGUUUUUGAAAGAAUCUCUUGGAAUUUAAGUGAUGUAACUGGGUUUUUUUCCUCAGAGUAAGAGUAUCUUGGAUCUGUUUUUCUCUGUAUACUCUACUUUUUUGUGUUCAUUUUCACAAUGAAGCAAAAAUAAAUCAAGGAAAGGAGGUAAUAAAAUAACUUAGCACAUUUUAUAGUGAUAUUUCAUUUUGUUAUUGGAUAGGAUGUUCAUGUGUUUGCUAAAGAGAAAGACUGUCAUGGAAAACGUGGCUAUAUUGUUGCAACUUUGCCAUACUUUUGGCACAAGUAUACAAGGUCAGGUAUCACAUUUAUUUUACUGCAAUUCUUAGCAAACUUAACCCUUUCAUUAGUAAUUCUCCUUGCUGUCUGCCAUAAAAUUUAUGUGAUGUUAGUUUGGAGAAUUUGGAACUGGAUCAACCAUUAAUCCCCUCAUUGAAAUUUUUCUUUAUUCUCAUUACUUGUCAGCUUGAUAUCAUACUGACAGUUUAAGGAGAAAUUCUGUCUAGGUCACCAUUGGGACUGAAAGGUUAAAUAAUUCAGAAGGGCUUCUGCCAAAGUAAGGGUGGGUCAAGAACUUUUCAUAGGAGACUUUGUGACCUUACUGAUGUCCACUCUGACAAAUAGAAGGGCUAUUAGAAAGAGCAGUGCCAAACUACCAUUCUUAUAACAUGUAACAAACAUUCUUUAACCAGGUCUCAUGUUUUGCUUCAGUGCAAAUGAAGUAUAGGUUUUUUUUUUAUUAUGCACAAUAAAGCUACAGGUCAUCUCAGGGGGAGAGGUGUGCAUGCCCUGCACCCCUUCCCAAGAUCUGCUCAUCUGCUCCCUGUAAAGUGUGGUCCUUUGAAACUGCUAGCUGUGCAAAAAUGAAAAACACUUGUUGGGAAGGAUCAGUGAGGCUAGCCAGAGACUAACUGACACUUGUGCAGAUCCCAAAUUUGAAAUGAUCAAAUAGCUCAAAAUGAAGAAACUUGAUGCAAAAGCACAAAAAAACAGAGAACAUUUUCUUUACUUGUAAUUUGAUGUCACCCUUUCCUUAUAUGCCUUUUCUCAACUUGGCAGGAUAUGUUCAUCAGAGGACAGAAAUUAUUAUGAAGUUAUACCAGAGGGUAAUCUUAAAUCUGUGUAUUAUUUAGCUGUUUAUAUAUUUAAUUCUCAUUCUUCAACUUCAUGCUUUCAUUCCCAAGAUCUUAUUAGUAAUUCUCCUUACUGUGUUGCCUUCAAUUCUUAUUAUUUUAGUUUGGACAGUUUGGUGUUGGAUUAACUUAUGAUCCCUGAAUUGAUGUUUUUCUCUACUCUCAUCACUUGUCUGCUUGAUACUGUAUUGAUGGUGUAGGGAGAUAUUCUGUCUUCGUCACUCAAUUUGGAGUAAAAGUGUUAAUUAGGAGUGAGACUGUGUUGAGAACUGAGAUAGGAAUCUAUUCUAGAUUACGGUUUUCCCCCAAACAUCCAACUGAUCAAUUGUUGUUGAGAUGAAGAAGGUGGUGGUUGUAGUCAUUGAUGCCAAAAUAGGAGUCUGAUGUUGUGAAUGAUUGAUGUCUAUAAAACAGGGAAGUCUGGUUGCAGCUUAAAAACCUUGGAUUCUGUUGCAAUAUUUUUUAUCUUUGAAUAAUUCUAGGGGCUGCUUGCCGACUGUAUUUUGACCUGGAAUUUAAAACUGAAUUUAAUCUACUAAAGGAUGGAGCCAGUAUGGUAGACAUUUUCAUCAAGGUGAGUCCAAGGAAAUUGAUUAGAGGCAAGAGAAUAAGGCAGAUAAACAAGGAAAUAUUUUCCAUGUCUGAGUAGAUAUGUUAUUUACUGGGCAGGAGGUCUUUAAUGAGGAAAAACUGUGUUGGAGGUCUAGAGUACAACGUAAGGCCUCAGGUCUCAGGUGGUACUCAAGACCUAGGGCACAGUUUUUCUCUUAUGGACUGAUCUACAUAUGUAAACCUGUAAAUUACUUGUUUAUUUUUUCUACCGGCUUCUCUUUUUUCUGCUGUGCAGCAGAUGGUGGAGAGCAAGGACUGGACUCAGUUGGCUGUGUUGUAUUAUGGGUUGUGAUGGUGAAUUCUCCAAUCUGUUUGCUCAAGUAAAACCCUGAUAUGUUCUUCUUAAUGAACAUUUAAGGAAGGAAAUACUAUGGAGUAAAUAUGAAUGAUUUUUCUGUUUCAGUAUGUUUGUCACCACCUGAAAAAUAUGUAUGGUGUUGACUGUGACAGGAAAUUUAUUAUAGAUUUGGAUUCAAGGUAAGUUACUAGUAAUGAAUGAUUAUAUCCAUGCCAAGAAAUGAUUCAGAUAAGAACUCUUAUUAUCCCUGGGGAUUUUUAUAUGUCCGUGAUAUACUAGUACUUAAAAAUGAAUGAAAUAAAAUUGGUCAUUGUUAAUUUCUUUCUUCAAUCCAAGUGAAAUUAUUCCUGAGUUCUCCCACACUUGGGAGCUCAACAAUUGUAAUAAUUAUUAUGAUUAUAUUAGCCUCCUUGUUAUUUCUGUCAAAAUAGCUUCUCUUAUUUUCCUCUUUGACUUUUUCCAUCACUGUUCUUUGUCUAAGAUUGUGACAUUCAUAGUCACAAUAUCCAAAAGAACCAAACCUUCAUAGUCACAAUAUCCAAAAGAACCAAAACCAGACUUUAGUAAAAGGUAUCUCAUUAUCUCUAUUCACCAUGCUAGGGUUGUGAGACAACUUCCUUUCUAUAAAAUUAUUAUGGUUUUGCUUUGUUUCGAUCUACUGAAUUAUUCAAUUACGUGAAGCUUCAAUCCCUGGAUCAUUAACAAGUAUAUGUACAUUGUUGUUGAUUUGAUUUCAGCACUUCUUCUAAGUUUUCAAGACAUCUGAUAUUCCACUUACCUGGUGCUGUGUUUAAAGAUAACAUUCAUGCUGGUAGAGAUACAGUUAUUUAUGGCACAGGAAAUAUUUACUCUGUUAUGCUACUUUAAGCAACAUACAGUCUGAAAUUCUUCAGAUAAUUUUCUAAAGCUAUUGGUGAUAGGAUUGUUUGCUGUAGUCCUGUUUUUAAGUGGUAAAAUUUUAAGGUGUUUCAUUAACCCUCAGAAAAUGGGUUUUACUCUCAUUGUCAGAUACUCCAGCUGAAUUUCAAAGGCCCUAGCUGUGUUUAAUUCAGAUGUGAAGUUGUUACGUACUAUUCUACAGAAUUCUCCAUUUCCUUUAGACAAUUCUCAUGCUGCUUAUGACAAUUUUUGAAGAAAACCUUCAAUUUUGAAUGUUGAGAAUUCUAAUUUUCAGGAAAUUUUGUCCGACACAUUUGCACAUUGCUGGAAAUGAAGCUCAGAGUUGGUUCUGAGUUUUCUGUAAACAAAGGCAUGGGUUCUACAUGUAACUCUCAUCAACCAACAAUGUCAGGGAGUGAGGUCUCGACUGGAAAUGCCCCCGUACCUGAAAAUGCUGAAAAGAUAUGUGAGGAAAAAGAAUUUGAAAGCCUUACCUCAGGUGCAGUUUUGGGUUGAUUGUGUGGUGUUUGCAUUUUAUUAUAGUGUUGAGUUAAAGUGUGGCUCAAACUCAUCCCUCUAAGACAAAGAAUAAGUGUUCAGAACAUUGUGGCCCCUUAAUGUCAGAGCUUCUCCAGGUUUCUGUGGCCAGUCUUUGACAGGUAAACACAGCUGUCAAAUGACAGGCAUGCAUAAGGGAAUUAAUUCUGACUUAAGGCUCUCCGAUUUGCCUUCCAAAAUUUUGUAGGAAAACAUAACAAACAACUGCUGUUUUGCAAAAUGAUUGAAAGGAAUAUGAAACAUUUGUAGAAAUUUCUUUAAAAAAUAAGGGAAAAGAAGAACAUUCUAUUUUGAGGUUUACAAAACAAAAAAGGUUUUACACGUUGUGUGGAGAGAAUCACUGUUGGAGCUGAGCCUCUUGCCGAGAACACCAGACCCCUAAACACACACAAAAAAAAUCAAAUUUGUUGAGAGGAUAAAUUCAUAGCUUUCAUUUGCCUUUGCAGUUAGCCUACAAGAACUACGAGAACUUGUUGUGAAGGACGGAAAAGGUGAAGUGGGGAUUUUCUGUGAUCAAGGUGUGUGAGAAAAAAUCAAAAGUCAGUACAUGUGAAUGACACAUUGAUCUUGAGCAGAAGGGAAAAUUUUUGCUUGCUGACUUUAUCCGUUUUAAUUUUCAGGUGUUUAUACAAAAAAUAGAAACUUUCGAAUUUUCAAGUCAACAAAGAUAGGAAAAGAUUCUCAUCUGAUUCUCUCCAGUCAGAACACCUACGAGGUAUGUAAUAAAUGUAUUCACAAUUUUUUCUUUGUCCCACGCUCAUGACAAGACGAAAAACAUAUUUCUAUAUUUCUUUACCGAGCUCAAAACUUACCAUCUCUCUUAUUUCCAUCCACGAACAUUACGCUAGUGCCAUUACUGGUCCUAGCAGUAUGCAGGACGCGUGUCAUAUGAACUUCGUAAUAGACCUCGCUCACCGUGGAGUCUCUGUGGCUUAGUGGUAGAGCAUCGGAGCGCGGAAUCCGAAGGUCUGAGGUUCGAUUCCUCAUGAGGACUCACAAUUUUUUCUUUGUCUCACGCUCAUGACAAGACGAAAAACAUCUUUCUAUAAUGUAUCCUUUGUUGUCCCUUAAAUAUUAACACUUAUCAGAUGGAGAGAGUUUGACCACAUUUUUCGUGUCUUGUUUGUCAUGUGACAGCCCAGCUUCAAAGAUGUGAAAGGAAGUUUCUCCAAAGAUCCUGAGUACUUGCUAUUUCUUGAUUCACUAGUUUCCAAUGUCAGGUGAGAACGCAACUCGUUUCACAAUUGUGAUGACAAAUUUGAGUCUUCACGCGGUAUAAUUUGUUCUCACUUAAGUCCAUAGUUGGUGCUUCUUUCUCUAUUUUACACCUUUUCUUUAUCAAACAGCAUGCAAGUGGGUGGAAAAGAUGUAAAAGUUUUAACAUAUGGCAACUGUGAGAAAUCUUGCAAAAGAUCCUCUCGAAUGAAUGCACGCGAUUCAAGUAUGUUUUUUAGUUAACUUUCUGUUUAGAAUGUUUGUGGAGAUGUAAUUUUGAAGUAAGUGCAGUGGUAAUUUCCCGCUCGUGGGAGGAUUUGAAACGAGUUGGGGAAUGGGUUUGCGAGGGGUCUGGCAUUCAAUAUCAGUGCUGAACUCCUUUCCAGACCUAUCUCGCGUUGCUCAUGGCCUUUUUUUUUCCCGUGGGCAAGGAAAUCCCCCGCGUUAAUAACGAUGACCUUCUCGCAGGUUAGAUAGUCAUCGGAUAAUUGGCUUGUACUCGGCCCAUUUUCGGCCGACAGCCGACAGCCGACAAUCAAACGACUGUUAGCCGACAAUCAAACGACAGUUAGCCGAAAAUCGACCGACAGUUUGCCCACUGUCGAUCUGCGCGUUAGGUGGAGCAGAUUCCAUACCCUUCCGGUUGUUACCUUAUUCAGUGAUGUUACAGAAAGUUAAGCGCAAGAAGGAAGUUUGUCUCUUCUCAAGUUCUUCUCCUUGUUGUUAGGUUCGCCUUCUCAGCAUGGAUAUGAACACUCCCCUUAUCCCGAGAUUGACAACUUUAUCUUAAGUGUUCUCAACAAGGGUGGAGUACAGGGUCAGAUCAGGAGAUGGGUUUAUUUCCCACAAGGUACCGUCUUAGAAAGAAGCUAUUGCUAAUAAAAGAUAAUUGUAUACAUAAAUGAAUUUACAUUUGUGAGGAGUAUGGGUAACAAAAAUCCCCGAGAUUGACAACUUUAUCUUAAGUGUUCUCAACAAGGGUGGAGUACAGGGUCAGAUCAGGAGAUGGGUUUAUUUCCCACAAGGUACCGUCUUAGAUAGAAGCUAUUGCUAAUAAAAGAUAAUUGUAUACAUAAAUGAGUUUACAUUUGUGAGGAGUAUGGGUAACAAAAAGUGAGUCAUCUUUGAGGAUUGAAGUCCCAGUUAGUCCCGCUUUCGACAUUAAGCCACUUUACAUUUUUUUUUGUUAGCCAAGUAAUAAACAAGGUGAUUACAAAGGAGACUAGAGACAAACAUGCGUGAUCAGUUGAACAACAAUUUCGGAAAUACUUUUUGUUUUAGCUGAACCUUCAAGAAGGCUUCCAAGCUUCCAAGAUAGAUCUUUUCUUCUAUUUUUUAAAUAUAUUUUUUUCUCCAAGGAUUGACUGCUGUUAGUUAUGUUGACUUUGCAAGGGGAUGGUACAAAUGGAUCACUGAUCCCUAAAGAAUAAGAACAUUUAGGAACAUGAAAUGAAUAUUUAUGUUGCGUAGAAGUUCUGUUCAGUCUGAGGAAUACUCCUGGAAAAAAAUGUAAGGAACAGGAGAUCGGCCAUUCCUUCAAAUUAAGUGGAUCAGGCUUUAAUUAGCUGAGGGAAUUGCUAGGGAUGAAGUCUGAGCAAACCAAUUUCUUUUUUUAUUCAACAGGAAAGUUAGUCACUUAUGAUGUUAUUAAUAACCGUUGGUGUGAAAACAUUGGAAGGGCGCACAAGAGUAAUAACGUGAUGUAAGCCAAAGAGCUGCUCUCUUAAUAAUGAUUAUCAAGCAGAUUCCAUGUUACCUUUACUUGCCUCUGUUCAGUAAGAGAUCACCGGUGAAGUUAAAACGUGUUAAGAACAAAAAAGUGGAUCAAGAGGUGCAGCCGAGUGUGUCACUGCUGUUCUUAUCACAUUGCGACAUCUUCUGUGAUCUGUUGCUGUCCAUACCCACGGCAACAUGAAAUCUGUUUGUGUAAUAUUGUAAUAAAGCAAAAGGAUGUUCAUGGUGACGUCCUCUAUGCGUCUGUCCUCUAAUAGAUCAUAAGUAAGGACCAAUUAAACCGCUCGUGUUCUUCAGCUUAUUAUACAUAGAGAAUAAUACAAGGGCGCGCGUAGAUAUGGAAUUUCUCUUCGAGUAUUUAACUUGAUAGCUCACAAGUGAAAAGUUUGAACGUCACUGUUUGUGAGCGGUACGGAGUUUUAAGUGUUUUAACCGCCAUAAUCCGAGAAAGUUCCGACAAACGGCCUUGUAUUAAGAAUCGUGAGGGCUUCGCUGUUCAUUCAUCAACCUGACCGAGUGGCGCGAAAGGCGAGUGACGUGUCAACAGCUGAUUGGCGAUAUCAAACACGUGAAAACAUAUCGUGUUAUUUUCACGUAUGUUGUUAAGGCUUUUCUCAUGGCUAGAAAUCCUUGUAUAACACCGUAGUUUAUAUGAUAAAACUAUUAUCGUUUGCCUCUCGAUGUCUUCACUCUCGGUUUGGAUCGCGACGAUUCUACAGCAUGGUGCUUAUGUUGUUCACAUGAUUAGGUAAACUUAUAACCGUAUGUAGUUGGACGUGGUGAUGAUGGUGGAUACGAAACCUUCCUUUAAAGAAUAUAAUGUUGAUAAAGUAAUAUAUAAUUAUAAUUUCCAUGAAUUUUCCUUAAAAAUAAAUCAAUUAUUAUUGAAUGCGAAAACACCUAGUUAAUUUUUUUUUCUUGCAUGUUAGGAUUGUGGCAGACUUGAGACUUGGUGUUUAUUACCAGAAAUGUCACGAUCCCGACUGUAGAAGGAUUGACUAUCGUUCCCCUGGUAUGUGAGUAUUAGCUGUAAAAAAAUACAUCAGUUGGUAGGAUUUCUUUGAGUGCAGGCUUAAAAUGGAGGAAGCGGUGAAACGGAUCGCGGAGAGUUCUCGCACAGAUUCCAAUCGUAAUUCAAAGUAUGGCAUUGUCAGGAACUGGAGAACUAGCCUUCAGUAAAACUGUUCUGGAAUUGAACCAGGGCUAGAUAAAUCUUCAUAUAUAUGUAAUUUUUCUUCAAAUCUUUAAAAGUACUGUUCCAGCUUUGUUCAAUUUUAUGGAUCCUUUAAUAAGGUAGUCUAAAUACACUCUUUUGAAAUUGUGAAAAGGUGUGAAUUUUUGCGAAAUAAUUUUUCAGAAUUGGCAUCAGAUAGAAGAUAAAGAUGAGUCCUUACAAAAAAAACCAACAAAAAAUUGGGAAGAAGUCUUGGGUCUAUUCUUAGCGGUGGCGAGUGCAAAACUUGAAUUUCACAUCAAUCAAUAAAUUGUGGGAGUAUUGACGCCGUAAACAUCUUCUUAUCAUAGUGUAAGCCAGUUGUUGGAUAUAUUCGAAAAAAGCAAAUUGUAUACCAUCUAUCUUUUUGUUACUUUCAGAAAAGCCUAUUCCACAGGAAAUCAAUCCAUUGUCAAGUUGGGAGGUAAUCGAGUAAAGAUUUGUAUAUAAUUCUUCGAUCUUGAAGAAUUUGAAUACGGUUCAUGAAGUAUAGCUUACGCUAAUUAAUCAUAAAUUGAGAGUUUGUCGAGUGACAGAUAUGCUCUUUUGUUAAUUUAUUUUACAAAAGUUUCAACAUUGAUUUUUUUCACCUUUUAGUUUGGUGAAUUUUUAACUGAUGAUUUUGAUGAUCAAGAGCUUUGCAAGUUAUUGUCUGAAUGUGAGCAGAAGCCAAAUGAUUCCGGGAAUGAUGAAAUGGAAGAAAUUCUAAACACGAAUGAGAACAACAUGAACAAAAAUUGUGUCUCAAGAACUAAACAAGAUGUAACGCAAUUUGACAUCAGUGGUUAUGUCACGCAACAUCAAGUUAGUGAUUGUGACUACGAUAAUGACUUGGACGAUGAAUUACUGCUUGAGCUUCAGAUUCCAGAGCACUGUUAUGAUAACAAGGAUGCAGUUUCACAUACAAAGAGCCUUAAGGAUCACCGCAAGUAUGUCUUACAAUCAUGUCACGAUAAUGACAAUUACACGAACGAAAUACUGAAGUUAUUGCAUGGGGAAAGUAACCAAACCAAAUUAAGCGAAACGGCUGCAAUGGACCUUUCAUCAAACUAUGUGAUUUGUCAGGAUGAAACACACGCCAGGAUGAAUGGAAAAUGUAUGUGUAGUGGAGUAUUACCUGAAAAUAAUUGCGCUGAUGAUGUGGGGGUGAAAUUUUUAACAAAUGAGGAAGUUUCUGAGUGGUUAGAUAAAGAGUCUCUUGAUGAUUUAGAGUUGUCCCUGGCUGCGGAGGAGGCCGAAAGUACAGCUUAACUCAAAUGUAUCCCACUAGUUUGGCAAACUAGCUUGUUCCGAUACCCGACUCUUUGUCAGGGAGAUUUUUGAUGAUUGUGUUACCUAUUUCUUAAAUCCAAUUCGACUUGUAGAGCCCUGAUUUUAAGGUCGGUUUGGACAAGUUUUUUCAAAAUACUUUAAACGAGUAAUAAACAAUAUAGCACUGAGACAUAUCGGUUGUCAAAUUCGUGUUAAGCUGGUUCUGGUGGAGAAGAAACCAGAUGACCAAACCUCAUUGAAAAAGAUAGCUUUUUUCAGGCGUUCAGCUAGUAAAACGAAACGCGAUUAGUAAACGGUGCAAUAUUAGCGGGGUGGCAAAAAAACAAACAAACAAAGGAGGAUUGGGAUGCAGUCGCUGAUCUGGCCCUUCACAAAAUUGACCAUCACAUCUGGCUCUUGGAUAGGGCAUUUCAACACAGUUCUCGCACAGGGAAGGCGAUGUUGAAGCUUCGACUUGACUGACGCAAAACAUCUGUUAGUUACGUGUGAUCUCAAAGACUUAAAGUCUAAAUUAUUCCACGUUAUUGUAGUUGUUAGUAAUAAGAUGUAAUGAAUGUGAAAGCGAUCUUCGCAGUAUUGAGGACCACUUAGGCAGAAGUGAAAAACAGUCCUGAUAAAAACUUCAGGCCUGUACGGAAUUUAAACACGUGACCUUUGCGAUACCGGGGCAGUGCUCUACCAACUGAGCUAACAAGGCAACUGGGAGCUCGUGAUUAUAUUGGUUCGUAAUAAAAACGUGAAGUGAUGAAUCAGUGACUAUGAAUAUAUGAAAGUCAUGUACGUGAACUGCGGUUUAAGAAAAAAAUGUGAAAGCGAUCUUCGCAGUAAUGAACACUACUCAAACAGUAGUGAAAAAAAAGCUUGAACAAAGAAUCAGGCCUGUACGCUUUCAUGUUCAUUUCUUAAUCAGCAGUUCACGUAUAUGAUUUUCACAGUCUUUAAUAUGGUGUCACGUUCUCUUUUGUGAUCACUCUUUGCUACAUUAUGAUUAAGCCUAGAACUCGAUCCUUCCCCGUUCCCCUCGUUACGGUCAGCGACAUUUAUCGGAGAGAACUGGUGCAAAAUACGUACGGCGACUUAUAAACUGACUGAUCUAACAAAACUUUUAUUUGCCUGUGUGCAAUCUGUUUGAACGUAAGCCAAGAAAACUGGGUCUUAUUUAUAACCUCGGCUUACUUCUGGG